AUGUCGGAUCUGAGUGUUAGCUUGUUAGACUUGUUUACCUCCUUCCUUGAAUCCCAUGGGAACAGAAGGGUCCACUUGGCCGUCCUCCUCAACCAGAGCCACAGGGAAGUCUACAUCCAGUGGAGGGAGUCUGCCCCAGGGGACCGGGACCUGGACCUGGACCAGGAGUCUGCCCCAGGGGACCGGGACCUGGACCUGGACCAGGAGUCUGCCCCAGGGGACCGGGACCUGGACCUGGACCAGGAGUCUGCCCCAGGGGACCGGGACCUGGACCUGGACCAGGAGUCUGCCCCAGGGGACCGGGACCUGGACCUGGACCAGGAGUCUGCCCCAGGGGACCGGGACCUGGACCUGGACCAGGAGUCUGCCCCAGGGGACCGGGACCUGGACCUGGACCAGGAGUCUGCCCCAGGGGACCGGGACCUGGACCAGGAGUCUGCCCCAGGGGACCGGGACCGGGACCUGGAGUCUGCCCCAGGGGACCGGGACCGGGACCGGGACCAGGAGUCUGCCCCAGGGGACCUGGACCGGGGCCAGGACCUGGACCGGGGCCAGGACCUGGACCAGGAGCUGGUGCCUGGGUCGGGGAAAGAGGAGCGCCACCACGCGUCAGAGAUGGUGGUGGUCCGGUCCGGGUCAGAGAUAGUCCAGUCCGGGUCAGAGGUGGUCCAGUCCGGGUCAGAGAAGCAGGAUUUGACUCGCACUAGUUCCAGUCCGGCGGAAGGCCAGUGGAGACUCCGCAUCCAGAGCUGUGAGGAUGGUUUGUCCAGGGCUUCAGAGUUGAUCGAGGAGCUGCUCAAGCAGACAGGAGAUCAGCAGAAGGAGCUGGUGGAGCUGCACCUGCAAGGGGACAAGAUCAUGGAGCUCAUAGAGCUGUUGAAGCAGACAGGCAGUCAGGAGGAAGAAGUGCAGCUGCAACUUCAUCAGGAUGAGAAACACUCUGUGGAUCUGAGUCAGUUUGUGACCUUCAAUCACCUUCAGUCAGCUUUGCUCCGUGAAAGAGAAAACAUUAAGCCCACCCCCCUGCCUCUGAGCCCUGAACCGUCCGUCAGCCUCCAGGAUGUGAACGGGAAUGAGGACAGGGCCGUCACCAACAGGAUAACGGAGCUGGAGAGGAAGCACAGCCUUCUGUGUGAGCGCUAUGAGCAGCUGCAGGACACUGUGAGCAACAUGCAACAGCAGCAGCAGCAGCAGACACAGGACAGACCAGCAGAGAUCAACAACACACAGGUUCUGGAGCUGCUGGAGGACAUGCAGGACAUCCCACAGACUCAGGCAGAGCAUGAGCGGACACUGAACCACCUCCAGCCGGACCACCUGCCUCUGUCCUCUGACGCCUCCUUCAGCCUCCAGGAGGAGAAGUCCAACCAGGAGGCAGCUGUGUGUGGAAUCCAGAUGAUGGAGCUGCUGACUGACAUGCAGAAGGAUGUGCUGAAGGUUCAGGAAGAACAGGACCAACUACUGCUGCAGACUGAGCCCACCCCCCUGCCUCUGAGCCCUGAACCGUCCGUCAGCCUCCAGGAUGUGAACGGGAAUGAGGACAGGGCCGUCACCAACAGGAUAACGGAGCUGGAGAGGAAGCACAGCCUUCUGUGUGAGCGCUAUGAGCAGCUGCAGGACACUGUGAGCAACAUGCAACAGCAGCAGCAGCAGCAGACACAGGACAGACCAGCAGAGAUCAACAACACACAGAUUCUGGAGCUGCUGGAGAACAUGCAGAAGGACAUCCCACAGACUCAGGCAGAGCAUGAGAGGACACUGAACCACAUCCAGGUGGAGGUGAAGUCACUGCGUGAACAAAUGGACAAACUGUCCACUGAGAUGCAGCAGAAGUUGAACAGGACUGAGCUGAUGCCUGUGCAGAAACAGCUGAUGAGGUGUUGCAGGAGUUUUCAGGAGGGGCUGCAGACGCUCAGAGCUCCAAACGCCCAGAAUGCCACCGCUGCCACCAGGAGACAACUCGCCCCGAUGUACUCGGAUACAUUCCACUGUCUGAGCUGUGGAUCCACUGUCGAACCCACCUUUGGGACUAAACCGUCCACCCUGCCCUGCUCCCCUCCUUUUCCCGUACGUGAGUCCAUCGGACCCUUCAGAGCCUACGCACGGCACUGUCUGCGGCCGCAAACCACCAGACAACUCGCCCCGAUGUACUCGGAUACAUUCCACUGUCUGAGCUGUGGAUCCACUGUCGAACCCACCUUUGGGACUAAACCGUCCACCCUGCCCUGCUCCCCUCCUUUUCCCGUACGUGAGUCCAUCGGACCCUUCAGAGCCUACGCACGGCACUGUCUGCGGCCGCAAACCACCAGAUGGAACACCUACAUGAGCUUCGUCUCCGUCCCCUGGACCCGUGGGGGGGGUCGCCCAUCGACCGUCACCAAUCAGCGAUUAAACAACCAGAAGGAAACCACAAGAACACAGAACACCAUGAGCAGUAACGUCAGCGUCCAGGAACGUCCACGUCCUGGAAACGAACCGCAGCUCAAACAGUCCGAGACCAAAGACGAGGCAUGGACGUCCUGGAAACACCCGCUUCAUCAGGUCAUGGGACGGAACAUGACCAUUCAUCUCCAUGGAGACGCCGCUAAGCGUCCAGAACAGACCGCUGUCUGAGCUCCACCGCAUCACUGACACAAACUGGGACCGACGGCACAGUUUACUACAGCUCAGAUACUGGAUAUUUUCUGAUGUUUCGCUUAUUAAAAAACUUUGGUGCUGCAUUUUACACGAGGACUUUAAAGUCUCUUUAUUUUUAUUGUGACGCUGGUGGAUCCUCCUGGAAACUCAAAGCAUCAAACACUAAAACACAUUCAACAUUCUCAUGACGUCUGAUGGGUUUUCUCUGGACCGGUUCAUGAUGACAUUGUAGAGCAGGGGUGUCAA